AUGGGAAACUCCAGCAACCCAGCGCACAAAGUGGGAACCCCCCGAACCGGAUUGGUAUGGGGUAUCAACCGCGGUCACGUCAACACCCGACGUGUGCCCAAAGAGAAGGCUUCUCGUCGUAAGGGAAAGCUGAGCCAGAGAAACGCUGUCAUCAAGAGCGUCGUCAGAGAAGUCGUCGGCUUUGCUCCUUACGAGCGUAGGGCUAUGGAAUUGAUCCGUAACUCCAAGGACAAGCGCGCCCGUCGCUUCUUGAAGGCUCGUCUCGGUACGCUCAAGCGCGCCAAGAACCGCAUGGAGACUCUGACCUCCGCCAUCGCUGAGCAGCGUCGUCAAGGUGCUUAAAUGGAGCGCUCUUCUAACGAGCCUUGGCCAGCAAGCGCCUUUCAUCCAAGCACAUCUAUGCCCACCUCGGUGCCGCGUACUCAUGCCAACAUCGACAAGCAAUCACGAUGAUAUGUACACCUACCAUCCGAUCCUAUCUUUCGAAAGGGUCAAAAUGAAACAGGGCGCGUCGCAAAAUGCACGCACUGUGAAUACAAUGCUUCUCGCUCUCAUGCCGAGAUGAGCUACACGCUGGUUGCACCAGUUGAAGUUGAAAGGGGCCAAAGGGUCAUGCAACGCGGGUACCUUUAGGAGUCAGGAGCAUCGAGAUUGCACAUUUCGACACCUUGGUGGCUGCGGAGCUGUCGCCAACGAG